AUGAAGGGAAUCAGUUCUGCUAUGGCCAUCACGGCCACUAGCAUGCUUGCCUUGAACAGCAAUGCUGAGCCCGCCCAUUACCCCUCGAAGUGCAAGCUCCCUCUCGUGAAAGAUAAACCACUCGUGAAUGCCAUUCACCUCAAGGAUCUCAUGAAGUGUGCUCAGGAUCUUGAGGAUGUUGCGUAUGCCACGACCGCUCGCAACCGGGUACACGGUUCAGAGGGUCACAAGGGUACUGUCCAGUAUUUCAAAGACACACUAGAGGGUCUUGGUGAUUACUACAAGGUUGAGCUCCAGGAGUUCACCACGGAGGUUACGCUCGCUUCUGCCAAUGAAUUCUCUGCCGGUGGUGUUGCUUUUGACACUGAUUCGUUCGAAUUUGGCAACAACGGUACCUGGACAGACUUGCCUCUUGUCAAUGUUGCUAAUCUUGGUUGUGAGCCGGAGGAUGUCCCCGACAGCGUUGCUGGAAAAGUAGCCCUCAUUGGCCGAGGUGAUUGCACCUUUGUCCAGAAGAUUGAGAAUGCUGGCGCGAAGGGUGCCGUCGCUGCUAUGAUCUACAACAAUCUCGAUGCCGGAGUUGCCGCAGGCACUCUCGGUGGAGUGAACGAAUUGAUUCCCUUGGGCGGUCUUACCCGGGCUGACGGCCUCGCGCUAGCUGAGCGCAUCGAAGCAGGCGAAACAAUUACCAGCUCUGGUACCUACUGGGCAUACGUUACCCAAGCCACGAGCCACAAUGUUCUCGCCACUUCCAAGUACGGCGACCCAGACAACGUUCUAUUCUUGGGCGCUCACAGCGACUCGGUAGAUAAGGGGCCCGGUAUCAACGACAAUGGUAGCGGAUCUUGCGGCAUUCUCACUGUUGCCAAAGCACUCUCUAAAUACAGAACAAACGCUCAGGUCAAGUUUGGUUGGUGGACUGCUGAGGAAGAGGGUCUGCUAGGAGCUGAGCACUUCGUCAACACUUCGACGGCUGAGGACCUGUCGAAGAUCCGUCUCUAUUUGAACUUCGACAUGAUCGCGUCUCCCAACUACUACCUUGGCAUCUAUGAUGGUGACGGAAGUCGCUACAACCUUAGCGGACCCCCUGGCUCUGAUGUCGCAGAGUAUUUGUUCGAGGACUUCUUCGCCGCCAGGAAUUUGACAACCUUUGGAGCUGAGUUCAACGGUCGUAGUGAUUACGGCCCAUUCCUGGAUGCCGGCGUGCCCUGCAGUGGUCUUGACACUGGAGCUGAUGGCAUCAAGACCGAAGAGGAGGCGGCGAUCUACGGUGGAAUUGCCGGCGAAACCUACGACCAGAACUACCAUUCCGCUGCUGACAACGUGACCAACCUUGCUUUGUUCCCCUUCGAAAUCAACGCCAAGGCCAUUGCCCACGUGGUUGCAACAUACGCUAAGAGCUGGGAGGGCUUCCCAGCUCGUCUACCCUCCAAUUCCACCGCCAUUGCUCGUCGCCACUUGCAUCCUCGCAGCUCUGGCGUGCCCAAGAGGCACAGUUGCGGCGUGAACGAAUUGCUAGAAUACUAG